AUGGCUUCGGACGCGACCAAGACGCUAUCGAGCGUCAUCGGGUGGACCUACAUGCUGUGCUGGACGGCCUCCUUCUACCCCCAGUUCCUUCUCAACAUCCGCCGCCGCACCACGGUCGGGUUCUCCAUCGACUUCGCCCUUCUCAACAUCCUGGGCAUGACCUCCUACGCCAUCCACAACCUUGCGCUGUUCUUGUCUCCCGUCGUGAGGGCACAGUACGCGCACCGUUACCCCCGCAAUCCCACUCCGACGGUGCAGCCCAACGACAUCGCCUACGCCGUCCACGGCGCCGUCAUCACGGUCCUUAUCUACUCUCAGUUCUACCCGAGGCUGUGGCGCUUCGCUCCGAUCAAGGAUCUGAGGUGCAGCGGGUGGACUCUGGGGUUUUUCUGGGGCUGCAUCGCUCUUGUCCUGCUCGGCGCCUUCGUCGUCGGCCUGCAGCCGACGUCAUUCCGGUGGGAGUGGCUAGACGUGAUCUACCUCAUGGGCAAUGUCAAGGCCUUCCUCACCGUGGUCAAAUACGCGCCGCAGAUAUGGCUCAACAUCCGGCGCAAGUCGACCCGGGGGCUCAGCAUCUCCCAGUUCUCGCUGGACCUCGCGGGGGCCUUCCUGUCGCUCGUCCAGCUGUUCAUAGACGCGGCCCAGGGUGGUGACUUGUCCGCGGUGCUGGCGAACCCUGCCAAGUUUGCGCUGGGCAACGUCACCGUCUUCUUCGACCUGGUCGCCUUCUUCCAGCACUAUUACCUCUACCGUGGCGCCGUGGAUGAUGCGCUGCCUGCUGACAAAGUAGAUGCCGAGACGGACCCGCUCUUGCCUAGCCAUUCCCGUAGGACCACGCCUCAGACAUCAUGA